UGUCCUUUUUACUUUUUGAGUUUUUUUGGUAGGAAAGUAGGGAAUGCCUUGAGAUUGAGAAAUUUGUAUCAAAGGAGUCCCUGCCCGUUGGGAUAUGUGCAGAAAUCAAUAUUUCAUGUACAAAAGGGAGACACAGAACGAACGCUUUUUUGGUUAGGUGCUGUAAUGAAGCAAAACACAAGAAAGUGCUUUUCCACUUUACAAGAGUAGCAUUUAAAAUCUGGAAAAGAAAAAAUUAAAAAAAAAAUCUGUUCUUGCAGUUCUUUACUCACUUGUAAGAAGCCCCUCUCAUUGUAGCUUUGAUAUAGAAACUUUGGGUCUGAAUGGUGCAUGUGGCUGGUGAUGUUUCACUUUAAAUGAGAUGGCAGAUUGGGUGGUAGCCAUUUCUCAAAACGAUAUUUGGGUGUAGAUGCAGCGUUGAGACAUCACAUUGUUACAAAGAUGUACUCCAAUAGAAAUCCUAUGAUACCUGAAGCUACUGCAGGGGUGUCUGUUCCACAUUUCACCUGGUUUUAUCCAGGAAGUUUUCUCUCUGCAUCCAAAACGAACUCAAAUCCUUUGCAAGGAACUCAAACAAACCCAGAACCCAGUCUUCCUGUUGGUCCCAUCCAAACCAUUCCUGCCACAACUGAACCAACAAAGAAUGUUGACUCAGCAAUUAAACCUGCCAAGGUUAGGAAACAAAAGAAUUCUAUGAAUGGUCCUAAUCAAAUUGCAUCUAAGGUUUUCAGACCAAAGCAAGCCAAAAAGACUCCUUGUUCUAAAAAGAUGAAGGGACAAAGUAUGCCUGAAGCAAAACGUGAAAAGAAGAUUCUGAUUAAUAUUGAUAUGGACAAGGCAGACUUUGACUUCUCUGGGGUGCCUUCUCCGUACUGUUCUUGUACAAGUGUUGCUAGAUCGUGCUACAAAUGGGGUGCUGGUGGAUGGCAAUCCUCAUGUUGCACCACUAACGUAUCAGAAUAUCCUCUGCCCAUGAGCUCUACAAGGCCUGGGGCUCGCAUGGCUGGAAGGAAGAUGAGCAAUGGCGCAUAUGGGAAACUUCUACUGAGACUAGCAGCUAAAGGUCAUGAUCUUACUCAUCCAGUUGACUUGAAGGACCACUGGGCAAGACACGGUACUAACAAGUUUGUCAUAAUCAAGUAGAAAUGUGGAGAAAAAGGUAGUUAAAUAUUUUGUUAUCUGCUAGUAUGUACAAUUCCCAUGCUACAUGUAGUUUGUUUCUGUAUCUUAGAGAUAAUCAAAUUCUCUGAAAUUUCUGUAUAUGUAGUUUCUCUGAAGUUUCCUAGUAUCUAGAACUUAUUUGGAAACAAAUGCUGCUCUCAAUCCGUGUAACUCUUAUUAUGACAUGACUUUCUUGCCUUUUGCAA